AGGAGCAGGGCGAUGAGGACGAUGAUGAUGGCGGGGGUCAGCAUGGUGGUGGCGCCUGGGGUGCUGAGUGGACAGCGAGGAAGGCUGCAGCUUCCUCAUUAGACAAUCUUUCUCAUAUGUAUCGGGAGAACAUUCUCGAGGUGGUUUUGCCCUUGAUCUCCAAGAAGCUCGAGCAUGAGAGCUGGGAGGUCCAGGAGUCCGGGGUCCUGGCCUUGGGCGCCAUCGCCUUCGGCUGCAUGGAAGGCUUGACGCAGUAUAUGCCCAAAGUGAUGGAGCAUCUCUUAAAGCUGUGCCAGGCCCCAAAGCCCUUGCUCCGGAGCAUCUCCUGCUGGACAGUGGCACGCUUCUCUUCAUGGAUUUGCAACGAGCGCGUAAAUCCCAUGUCGGAGCAGGUGCUGAGAUCUGUCUUGCAGCAGCUGCUACUCAGAGUUCUGGACAAGAACAAGAGAGUGCAGGAGGCUGCCUGCAGUGCCUUCGCCACACUCGAAGAGAUGGCUCGACACUUGCUGGUGCCGUAUUUGGAUGAUAUCGUACAGACCCUUUCCAAGGCCUUCCAGUAUUACCAGGCCAAGAACCUGCUCAUCCUCUAUGAUGCUGUGGGGACUUUGGCUGAUGCUGUAGGGCCAGAGCUAGACACCCAACGGUACAAACAACUUUUGCUUGAGCCGCUCUUCCAGAAGUUCAACAACACUCCGGACAAUGACAGAUCGAUCAUUGCUCUCUUCGAGUGUUUGUCCUCCAUGGCCCAAAACUUGGGCCCUUCCUUCAUGCCGCUUUGCAAGCCGCUGGUGGAACGCUGUUCCCGGCUAAUCAUCAACGGGGCCCAAGCGGCGCAGAUGUGGAUGCAGAAUCCCAAUGAGUUUGAGAAGCCAGACCGAGAGGUCAUGGCCGCCAGCAUCGACCUGCUCUCCGGCAUUGUGGCCGGCCUUCAGGGCAAGGUCGCUGAGGUGUUGCAGCAGCAGAACUUCCUCUCGGUAGUGCCUGAAGUCCUGAAGGACAGCGCACUGCAGGUGAAACAGAGCGCUUUUGCCCUCGUGGGAGAUUCUGCGAAGCAUUGCAUUGAGCAUUUGGCUCCCUUUUUGCCACAGUUAUUGCCCCAAUGUGCAAAGGCUCUUCGGGAGAAUACCUCCGCGACGGUCAGCAACAAUGCGUCUUGGGCCGUUGGUGAGAUUUGCAUCAAGGUGGGCGCGGACUUCAUGGCUAAUUACUUGGAUGAAGUUGUGGAUGCUUUGAUCUCGUCCUUGAGGUCGACACAGCCAAGCCAGAGACAGGCACUGUUGAUGCAGAAUGUGUGCAUCACCUUGGGCCGGCUGGGCGUGGUAUGCGGCCCAUCGAUGGGCAAGAAGUUUGGCCAGUUUGCUCAGAUUUGGUGCAUGGUGAUGAAGGACGUCCGCAUUGACCAGGAGAAGGUGACCGCAUUCCAGGGCUUCUGCAACAUGGUGAAUGCCAGCCCACAGGUCGCUCUCAGCUACCCGGUGGAGGUUGCAGGUGCUAUUGCAUCUUUGUGCCCGCCUCCUCCGCAAUUGUUCCAGCAGCUGCAGCAGAUCCUCGCGAGCUACAAGCAGACGCAGCACUGGCCACAAGCCUGGCAGCAGUUACCGCAAGAUGUCAAGCUCAUCCUGUCGCACGUGUAUUCGGGCGUGGAGCCAGCCUGAGGCAGAAACACAUGGCAAUCGAGGGAAACGCCACGUGAGAUGUACUCCGGCGAGUUCGAAGAAGAAAGUGGACAACAUAGAUCUUGCAUCAGGGAAUGCUUGAGCAAUGGAAUUCGGUGUUUCAGAUCCAGC